CCCGGCCCUCUGGCCCAGAAAAAGAAACCAUGGCAAGCAUUGCUGUUGGAAAGAAAGAAGUCACUAGAGAUCUAGACCACUGUGAUAUCCCAUACUAUGUUUCUGAAUUUGUGGAAAGAGAACUUGGAAAUGACUAUGAUUCCCUGGGGAAGCUAGACAGCCUGAUUGAAAAGCUAUCUGAAAACAAAAAGCACUUAGAAGAACAGGUACUUACAGUUUCAUCAGAAGUCCCUAAAAGAAUUCAGAAUGCCUUAAAGAAUGCAGAAGAUUCCAAAAAGUCUCUGAGUCAGCUUCUGGAGGAGGAGACUGCUCUGUCAGAGUCCAUCAACAGGCACUUGCUGGAAGCUGAGCCAUGGAUGGAGGACCUGGAUGUGCUGAUAGGUCAGGUGGAGGAGAUUGAGCGGCACCUGGCCUACCUCCAGUGGAUUUCUCGCAUAGAAGAGCUCAGUGAUAGCAUUCAGCAAUAUCUGAUGACCAACAAUGUUCCAGAGGCAGCCAGUACUCUAGCAUUCAUGGCAGAGCUGGAUAUUAAACUUCAGGACUCAUCUUGUUCUCAUCUUCUUGCUUUUGUAAGAUCCACUGUUAAAUUCUGGCAUAAAAUCCUUAAGGACAAAUUGACAAGUGACUUUGAGGAGGUGCUGACCCAGCUCCGCUGGCCCUUUGUGGGGCCACCUCAGUCCCAGGCAUUUGGCCUUGCUGCACCAGCCAACGCUCCUGAGGUGUACAGCAACCUGGAGAUGCUGUUCUGUCAGCUUCUGAAACUGCAAACCUCAGAUGAGCUGUUAACCAAACCCAAACAACUGCCAGAAAAGUACCCUUUACCCCCUUCACCACCAGUCAUCCUUCCAAUGCAGAUCAUGCUGAAUCCUCUUCAGAAAAGAUUCAAGUAUCAUUUCACUGGAAAUAAACAAACCAAUGUUCUUAACAAGCCUGAGUGGUAUUUAACACAAGUACUUAUGUGGAUUGGAAAUCAUUCAAAGUUCCUUGAUGACAAAAUCCAGCCAAUACUGGACAAGGCAGGAUCUUCAGUCAAUGCUGGGCUUGAAUUCUCUCGUGCUCUAGUGAUGCUGAUUUUGGAGAAGUUGGCUGCAGAUAUUCCCUGCCUGCUGUAUGAUGAUACACUCUUCUGUCACCUCGUGGAUGAGGUCCUUCUGUUUGAGAGAGAGUUACACAGCGUCCAUGGUUAUCUCAGCAGCCUUCCCAGCUGCAUGCACAUUCUGUCAGAAGAAUCCUGCUUCCAGAGGUGGCUGACAGUGGAAAAAAAAUUUGCUCUUCAGAAAAUGGACUCUAUGCUUUCAUCAGAGGCUGCAUGGGUGUCACAGUACAAAGAUAUCACUGAUGUAGAUGAAAUGAAAGUUCCAGACUGUGCUGAAACUUUUAUGACUCUCUUGUUAGUUAUAACAGACAGAUAUAAGAAUCUUCCAACAGCUUCCAGAAAACUGCAGUUCCUGGGCCUACAGAAGGAGUUGGUUGAUGAUUUCAGGAUACGAUUAACUCAAGUGAUGAAGGAAGAGUCAAGAGCUUCCUUAGGAUUCCGAUACUGUGCAAUCCUUAAUGCUGUUAACUACAUAGCAACAGUGCUGGCAGACUGGGCUGACAAUGUAUUCUUCUUGCAGCUGCAGCAGGCCGAGCUAGAGGUCCGUGCAGAAAGUGACACCAUGAGCCAGCUGCAGCUGGGCCAGCUGGCGUCCAUGGAGAGCUCUGUCUUUGAUGACAUGAUCAACCUCCUGGAGCGCCUCAAGCACGACAUGCUGACACGACAAGUAGAUCAUGUCUUCAGAGAGGUCAAAGAUGCUGCAAAGCUCUACAAAAAAGAGAGGUGGUUGUCCUUGCCCUCUCAAGCAGAGCAAGCAGUGAUGUCCCUGUCCAGCACAGCGUGCCCGAUGCUGCAGACGCUGCGAGACCGUUUGCUGCAGCUGGAGCAGCAGCUCUGCCACUCACUGUUCAAAAUCUUCUGGCAAAUGCUUGCAGAGAAAGUGGAUCUGCACAUCUAUCAGGAGAUCAUUAUGGCAAAUCAUUUCAAUGAAGGAGGAGCAGCACAACUCCACUUCGACAUGAGUCGGAAUUUGUUCCCCCUGUUUUCACAUUACUGCAAGAGGCCAGAAAACUACUUCAAGCACAUAAAAGAAGCCUGCAUUAUCCUGAACCUGAAUAUUGGCUCUGCCUUGCUUCUGAAGGAUGUCCUGCAGUCAGCUUCAGAAAAUGAACCAUUAAAGCCCAGCCAGCCAUCUGCAACAGCAGCACUAAAUGAACUUGGAGUUUAUAAACUGGCUCAAAGGGAUGUUGAGAUUCUUCUCAGUUUGAGAGCAAACUGGCCAAAUACAGGAAAAUAAAGACUUCAAAAAUGGUUAAUAACGUGGUCUAGAUUACAUAUUCCAAGCAAAAAUCUUGUAAUAUACUUAUUUCUUUCAUUUCUUAUGCUGAUUGUUUUAAUUAAAUCUUAUGCCUUAUUCUACACAGUUCAAAGAAAAAAUUCAAGAUGCUACUGACUUGGUGUUGAAUUGUGCAGAUCUUAUUUUCCACGGCCACCUUGCCAUUGGAAGCUAAAACUGUUCAUCUCUAAUGAAUAAUCUGCCUUGUCUGCAUCAUUCUAAGGAACAGAGUAUUUACAGUGUAAAUGCAGUUUUGCACAAUGUGGGCUAAUGUCCUCUGUGAACUGGUCAGUCUUGAGUUAAAGACAGAUGUUUUAGAUCUCCAAAUUCCAGAUAAUGGAUGUUCUGUAUUAAAAUGUAGAUAAUCAAUGCAGAAGGAA